CGUACAUUGGUUGAUCUAACGACAUCCUAGCGUAGAAGGAAAUGAUCCUCUCGUGCGCAUUUUUCUUAACGAUUUACGUGGUAGGUUCAAUUUCCUUUAGGUAUUAUAAGUAAUAAGCCGCGAUUUCGUGCGACUAACGAGCCAUACCCGAGACAUAUAAGAUGCCCACGCUAACGAGCUCGACAUUCAGUGAUCGAAAAAGCCAGCAACAAGCGAAUCUCUGCAACCAAGAUGAAGACUGUCCUGAUUACCCUCGUGUCUGCUAUCUGCUUCCUGCUCGGUGAAGAAGUAUCCUCCGAGGAGAAGUACACAACGAAGUACGACGACGUGAAUAUCGACGCUGUGUUGAACAGUGAGAGACUUUUGAACGCAUACGUGAACUGUUUAAUGAAUCGUGGUGCUUGCGCACCAGAUGCUGCUGAACUUAAAAAAAACUUGCCCGAUGCCUUAGAACACGAGUGUUCAGCCUGCAGUGAGAAGCAGAAAGAAAUUGCAGAUAAACUUUCACACUACUUAAUCGAUCAUAGAGAAGAAGAUUGGAGUCUUCUGGAGGCAAAAUACGAUUCGACAGGAGCAUACAGGCAACGUUACCUCGAGGACCGUCUCAAGGAAACAGCUAUAGACUAAAUUGUUCUUGCAACCCAACAACAUUGAUUACGUUUACCGUAUUCAAUUAUAAAAUAUAUGGUUGGUUGUCACGUUUCGCAUAAUUUCGUUGUUAAAUGGCCGACAGAUUCAUUACAGCGAACG